AAUGUUAAACAGAAUGCGUUGCUCCAUGGCUCUCGUGUGGCUGCUCUGGCUUGUAACAGUCCAGUUCGAGAUCCUAGAGGCUCUGACGUCACACACUCGACCCGGAUGUGAACAGGGGGAUCAGCCGCCUCCUAGUACAAGAGUCAACACAACUUCCCGCCUCGCUUCAUUCAGGGCAGCUCUUGCGGAAAUUGACGGCUCUUUCCAAGCGUUCAUUGUUGGAUCUGAAGAUGCUCAUGACAGCGAGUAUCCAACAGAAUAUGAUCAGAGACGGGCAUACAUAUCAGGCUUCAGUGGUUCGUCUGGGACCGCUGUGGUCACCAUGAGCAGCGCCGCCUUAUGGACAGAUGGCAGAUAUUUUCUGGAGGCUGAGCAAAGUCUGGACUGUAACUGGAUACUUAUGAGAUCAGGCUUGACUGACACUCCAGCCAUAGAACAAUGGCUAAAUUCACAACUAUUGAAUGAGAGAAGCAACGUCGGAAUUGACAAAAGUCUUAUCAGCCAUUCAUCCUUCCUAAGCCUGCAGAAAAAAUUGGCUGCUUUGUCUCAACACCAUUCACUGCUGCCUGUUGAUAGCAUCAAUAACCCAGUGGACAGAUCCUGGACAGUUGGUCGACCUCCACAAGCCAAAAAUCCUAUUCAUGCUUUGGAUUUAAAAUUUGCUGGAGUGAGCUGGGCAGACAAAAUAAAAGCACUAAGAGAAAAUAUAACUUCCAAAGGUGCAGGGGCAUUUGUUGUCAAUGUCCUUGAUGAAACUGCUUGGCUCUUCAAUUUAAGAGGUUCUGAUGUUCGAUUCAAUCCAUUUUUUCUGAGCUAUGCCAUUGUUGAACUUGAUAGAACCAGACUGUACAUUCUUGAUAAAGACACCAGACUCACAGCAAACCCCACAGAUCCUGAAACUAAAGUGAAGCUCGCAGAACAUUUACAAACAUCUGCCUCUGGCACCUGUGAGCCAUCCAAAGCUAGAGAAGGAACUUGUGUAGAGGUUGUUGAAUAUAAUCCAAUUAAAGUAGAAGAAGAUUUGCAAUUAAUAGCACAAAGCAAACAAGUCUGGAUUACCUUCAGUGCAAGUUUUGCUGUAUAUAGUGCUGUACAAAAUUCAAGUCUGAUUGCUAAAUCUCCACUAGCUAUUGACAAAUCUGUAAAAAAUAAAAUAGAAAGAGAAGGCAUGCAGAGAGCUUAUAACAGAGAUUCUGCAGCACUUAUAAAGUUUCUGGCAUUCUUGGAAAAGGAGAUUAAAGAAGGCAGACAUUGGACUGAAGUUACUGCAGGUGCUAAGUUAGAUGAGCAAAGAAAGAAACUUGAAUACAACAGAGGUCUGAGCUUUGAAACUAUCUCUGGGUAUUCAUCAAAUGGAGCAAUCAUCCACUAUCGACCACUGAACCACACAGAUAAAAAAAUUUCAACUGACAGUCUCUAUCUCCUAGACUCAGGGGGACAAUACUUAGAUGGCACAACUGAUGUUACAAGAACAAUGCAUUAUGGGAAUCCAACCAAUUAUGAAAAAGAGUGCUAUACUCGUGUUCUGAUGUCAUCAAUCAACUUAGCUAUGCUCAAAUGGCCUGAGGGAUUAUAUGGGCGUCAGAUUGAUGCUGUUGCGAGAUACCAACUGUGGGAUGUGGGGCUUGUGUAUCGUCAUGGGACUGGGCAUGGCAUAGGAGCCUAUCUUAGUGUUCAUGAAGGUCCAGGGCGCAUAAGAAUUGUACAGACCCCAUCUGCUAGUGAUGAGCCACUUAGGAGCUACCAGUUCUUUUCUGAUGAGCCAGGUUACUAUGAGGAUGGGGAGUUUGGCAUCAGACUGGAAACAGUUGUCAUGACUUCCCAUUUCCAACCAAAAUAUGACACAGCCAAGCAGCUGUUUCUUGAAUUUCUUCCAGUCCAGCUGGUGCCAUUUGAAACAAACCUCAUUGAGCUGAGCUUGAUGAACCAUAACCAGGUGAAAUGGUUGAAUGAAUACAAUGCCAAGAUCAGAGAAACUCUACUUCCUCUAUUGACUGAUGAUGUGUUGGCUACCAAUUGGGUGAAUGCUCGGAUAAAACAAAUCAGCAUUGAGCCAUCUGCUAGCAGUACACCCACUCUCACAAUUUCUACAGUUCUGGCUAUAGUCACAGUCCUCCUAGCAUUACAUUAGCUGGACAACAUCUUAGCAGUAGCUGGACAGUCAUUGUAGCAUUAGCUGGACAGUCAACCUAGCAUUAGCUGGACAGUCAACCUAGCAUUAGCUGGACAGUCAUCCUAGCAUUACAUUAGCUGGACAGUCAUCGUAGCAUUAGCUGGACAGUCAUUGUAGCAUUAGCUGGACAGUCAUCCUAGCAUUACAUUAGCUGGACAGUCAUCCUAGCAUUAGCUGGACAGUCAUUGUAGCAUUAGCUGGACAGUCAACCUAGCAUUAGCUGGACAGUCAACCUAGCAUUAGCUGGACAGUCAUUGUAGCAUUAGCUGGACAGUCAUUGUAGCAUUAGCUGGACAGUCAACCUAGCAUUAGCUGGACAGUCAUUGUAGCAUUAGCUGGACAACAUCUUAGCAGUAGCUGGACAGUCAUCGUAGCAUUAGCUGGACAGUCAUUGUAGCAUUAGCUGGACAGUCAACCUAGCAUUACAUUAGCUGGACAGUCAUCGUAGCAUUAGCUGGACAGUCAUCCAAGCAUUAGCUGGACAGUCAUUGUAGCAUUAGCUGGACAGUCAUCCUAGCAUUACAUUAGCUGGACAGUCAUUGUAGCAUUACAUUAGCUGGACAGUCAUUGUAGCAUUACAUUAGCUGGACAGUCAUCCUAGCAUUAGCUGGACAGUCAUUGUAGCAUUAGCUGGAAUAAGUAGCCCUACUUUAGUGACUGAGCUUCUCUGUCCCAACUAUCCCAGUUCAGAGAUUUUAUUUUUACUUCUAUGUAUAUUUAAUUAUAUCUGAUAGAAAUUGUAAGCUAGAGAAGGAAAACCAAAAAUUUGUGAAAGUAGAUCCAAACAUGUCCUAAUAUUUUGCAGUUGAUGUCCUUCCUUCAAUUAUAAACUGUCCAGAUUUUACUCAAUCAAACCAAAUUUAUAUCUCUACUUAUUCAGUUAUUGCACAAAAAGUUUUUAAAUCAAGAUUUAUUUUUUAUCUGAUAUUUCUUAAGUAAAAAUUUGAAUUGUAUUUAAAAUUAGUAAUUAAACAAAAUUAAUGUCCUUUUUUCAUUUAAUCAAUGUAAUCAACACGAUUAAUUAAUGUAAUCAACAUGAAAAAUUAAUGUAAUCAACAUGAUUAAUUAAUGUAAUCACACAAUGGAUUUGUUGCUUUAAUUUUGUGGUAUAUUUUUUUUAGUUGGGAGAAUGUAUUGCAAGUGCAGU